GGGCGUGCUGCUGCUGCGGGUGGAGGUGCGGGCUCUGCGGGCUCUGCGGGGAUUUAGGGGUUAAAGGCUCGUUAAUUCCCAUAUCUGCCACACGGUGGGGACCGGAGGACUGCUCUGCAGACUCGCUUUGCAGACUCGCUGCUGCUGCUUUGUUGGUCCCGUCGAGCAGGAGGUCACUCAGUCCGCUCCCAGUCCGCUCACAGCGCGCUCAGGACCCGCACAGGACCCGCACGGGACCCGCACCGCUCCGACAGCACCUCUCUCCGCGGUUCAAACGCUAAAAACACUUCCUCGUGACUGAUCAGCCGACAGGCAGAACACGCAGAUGCAGUAUAUCUCCAGUAAGCUAACAUCGCCUGGUUGAUUUAUCGGUGCAGCUCCGGUCAGACAACAGGGAGAAAAUGCCGAAUGCAGUUUCCUGAAGUAUGUCGGAUGUCUUGUUUUGUUCGACCGACAGUCGAAGACCCGAAGAUAUUCAGUUUGUAAUGAUUUUAAAACGGACGAGCAGCAAAUCCUACAAAAAACUUCUCAAUAGUUUGUAUUUGUUUUGUUUUUGUUUCCAUUGCAAGCUUCUGUUGCUUCAACUGAGUCAUUUCACUUAAUUUCUUGUGACGUUACGGCUUCUUCUGCCUUUUUUCUGUGUGGUUUUUAAAAAUGGUUUGUUUCUAUCGUGACUUGUUUUUUGCGUGGACUCGGGAAGACCAGCGACCGCUUUGUGGAAGCUGAUGCGGAUCCGAAUAAAGAAUAAAGUGACAGGUUUGGAAAAAGUGACUUAAACCAUUAAUCACUUAUCAACAUAGUGGCGUCUGUCAAUCAGCUGAUCGUUCCCUUAACUGAAGCCGGAGAGGAGGGAAACCUCCAUCGCUGAAAAUAAAUCCAUGCAGUCAAACUUCCAGAGCUGAGUGGGACUGUUGUGUGUUUACGAGGAUAUAUAAAUUACUUUAAAGUCAUUUUAGAUUACUAAUGCUAAUAUCAGAGCUAGCUUUAGCUAUUGCUAGCCUAGCUACCAUGGCCAGUCUGACUAAUCCAUAACAGAAAACUAACCAGACAAUACUUGUAUUGUUUUUGGCGUGUUUGAUGUUUUAGUAGAACGCGACCACACAUACCAUCAAAUAAAACUCACGUCGCGUGCAUAGGUAUGGCAUAUUAUUUAUUAUUCACCAUAAAUACUUUGACUGAGUAACCGGUCGUCCUGGCACAAGCCGCCAGACACCAAAAAGGACAGGAUCUGCUUCUGAGGUGUAGCGGAGUAGAAGUAUAAACCAGCAUAAAACGGAAAUACUCAAGUAAAGUACAACUUCAGUACUUGAGUAAAUGUUCUUAGUUACUUUCCACCACAGCCGACUGGAAACCAGCUCUGCUUGUUGUCUAGCAGAGACUCGCCCACAGCGACGCACGAGUCCACAACCUGUUCGCCCUGUUCGGUAGCAGUUCCCCGAAGGUAAUUAAGGGUUUGAACGAGCUGCUCACGUUUCUGCUCCACAGCAAACAGCACGGAGGACUGGAGUCGGGCUCUGCUCACUAACUGAAGGUCGUUGCUGUCUGCUGAAAGAUCCGGCAUCAUGGGGAAAGGAUGCAUGACAGCGACCAAGUACUUCCUGUUCCUCUUCAACCUCAUCUUCUUUCUGUGCGGGGCCGCCAUCAUGGGCUUUGGACUGUGGCUCCUCCUCGACAAUCAGAGCUUCAUCGUCGUCCUGAACAACUCCACAGCUGUAAAGGUGGCCUGCUACAUCCUGAUUGGAGUCGGGGCUUUCUCCAUGCUCAUGGGCUUCCUCGGCUGCUUCGGGGCCAUUUAUGAGAUCCGCUGUCUGCUGGGCCUGUACUUCACCUGCCUCCUGCUGAUCCUCAUCGCUCAGAUAACAGCCGGCGCUCUCAUCUACUUCCAGAAGGAUGUGCUGAAUGAAGAGAUGUCCAAGAUCGUCACCAAGGUGCUGGACAAAUACCCUGGCAACAACUCCACCACAGAGCAGGCCUGGGACUUCAUCCAGAGGAAUAUGGAGUGCUGCGGCUGGAGCGGCCGCGUGGACUGGACCGGUAACAUGGUCAUCACCAACAGCUCCGAGCUGCUGUUUCCCUGCUCCUGCCAGAACAUCUCGCUCGCCACGGGGAACUUCUCCGACAGCGGCUUCUGUGAGGCUCAGACGCCCGACUGGCCCGUUUACGACGUGGGAUGUGCUGCCAGCGUGGAGAGCUGGCUCCUCACCAACAUCGGGGUCGUCCUGGGUAUCUGCCUCGGAGUGGCGUUUAUUGAGCUGCUGGGGAUGAUCCUGUCGAUCUGCAUGUGCAGGAACAUUCACACGGAGGAUUACACCAAAGUGCCAAAGUACUGAAGCUCUCUGGAGGAAGUGACGCGGUCGAACUGCAGAUGCACAGAAACGCAGAAAGAAAAAGAGGGAAAUCGUAAAAUGAUGCUUAUUUUUUCUCCACCUUGUAUUUGGUGAAACGAAAUGUAAAAUAAUGUGUGUUUGCUUUUAUAUUUUGUUAUAGUUCUUCUUUUGAGGCACUUCCAUCGUCGUCUUCUUCUUUUUUUUCUAGUCAGUCCAGUUUCUUUGGAGCACUUUAGAGACUUUUUGGCUUCGGAUCAGAGAGUGAUGCUGAAAAUGUUUGUCGAAAAUUGGAUUAGAGUAACCUGUUGGAGUUUGGACAGUAAGAAAUGAUGGAUGAGGAGAAAGAAAAGGUGAAAUUCGAGCUACAAGCUCCUUCCCUGCCCCCCGCAUGCUCUCAGGCUCAGAUUAGUGUUGCUGGUUUCCGUAAUGACUGAUCCUCCGUAAGUUGAUGGUUUCAGUUUCCCUAAAAAAAGAGAGAAAUCAUGUUUACUGUCUGUAAUGACAGAGUUUGGGAGUUUCUGCAUGACAACUGAUUUGGACAACUGGAAAAUCCACCGUGUGGUGUGUUUGUUUUAUUUUUAUACACCAGCGUUUUGAGUUAUUAUAUUUUUUUAUAGUUAUUGUAUAUAAUUUUAGCCAUUAUUUGUGUGAGUUUAAAUCCCAAAAAGUGCUGCCAGUGUUUUCCUUUAGCAGCUGGUCUCGUUUGAAGUUUUAAAAGUCUGUUGUUUUCUUGUCUUUUUAUUUUUUCCUGUUGUUUUGAUUUUUAAUUGUCAGGAUUUUGUUCUGGAAAUAAUAGAAAUAAUGAGAUACUAAAGAGGAACAUUUAUGAUACUUGUUUUCUGAAAGUGUCACUCCCAGUUUACAACUGUCUUUGAUGACAAGCAAAAACAAGACUUUUUUUUUUUUUAAGGUAUCUUUAAGUUAAUAAUCUACCCACUUUAACCUAAAACAACAAGUGUUUGAGGAGUGAAAUGUUUCUUUUAACCAUUUUUGACUUAAAAUAUGAUGAAAGGGGGGAAAUGACAGAACAGAUUAUUUUGGAGCAGAAGAAAUAUUUUUGGGGAGAUCCAUCUUGGAAAUGAAAUUUGUUUAUACAGAAAAAUCAUUUUUGAAAUUCAUUUUAUGUACAAUUUUGACUUUCAGCCAAGAUGUCGUGGUGUUUUUAUAAUGUACAAAUCCACCAUCCUGUUUUCUUUUUAUGUACAGUCUGUAUGAAAAACAUUCCAUUAACCUUUAAUAGUUUCUAAGACAGAAAGGGUACGUAUGUUUAUAACUAGAUGGACUUCUGGUAGCUAGCUGGAUUAGUAAGUGUGUACUCACAACAUUCAUUAUAUUUCAUUUUGCCAAUAAACUGAUUACAGUA